AUGACUGUCUUGCUUUACUCAAUGCUAAAAAAGAGAGUGAACAGUAAGAAGGUGGAUGAACAGAUAUUUUUUAGAUUAGUGCAGUAUUUCUCCGUCUGCUUAUUUGAAUGUAAUGAAGCAGAAGAUUAUUCUCCCGCCAAAACUCUGAUGAAUAUGUGUUUUACAUUCUAUUUACAAGAUCAGCAUCCUAAUGGAGGAACAUAUAAACAUUUUCUCUACAGCUAUUUACGAGACCAACCUGUCUGGCAGUCUCUCAGAUUCUGGAAUGCUGCUUUCUUUGACGCAAUACAAGGUGAAAGAUCUCGGAAACCAGUUCCAAAGAAUAAUGAAGAAACAGAUAUAAGAAGUGAUGAUAAGCAGUUUCAAGAAAAUAUUACUUUUGGACAAUUAGGAACAUUUACAUGUAAUAUGAGAGCAUUUGGUUUGAGCCGUGAAUUAUGUAUGGAGUUUCUAAGGAAACAGGCUAUCAUUGCCAAUCUUAAUAAAGAGAUAAUGCAAUAG